AGUAAAAAAAAAAGGGAGAAUCGAGAGGGAGAGCCGGAGGGGGGGCGGGGAGGGACCGGACCGGACCGAGCCGGAGCUACGGCCCCCCGCCCCGAAACCCCACCAAGCCCAAGGUGUGCGAGGGUGUGGCAAAAAGAUGAAGCCAAUGAAGAAGGCGUGCACCAGCCUCCCGGGUCCUGGUAGUGGCAGCAAGUCGCCCCCAGCCACCAGGGCCAAGGCUCUGAGGCGGCGAGGGGCCGGGGAGAGCGACAAGCCAGAGGAGGAAGACGACGGGGCACAGCAGCAGCAGCAGCCGCAGCCGGGGCCGGAAGAAGCUGAGGAGGGCGAGGAAGAAGAGGCUGAGCAGGGCCCAGGGGCUGAGGAGCCUCCCCCAGAGCUGCACCCUGAUGAGCCGGCUCCAGGCCCAGCCGAGGACCCCAAGGGCGAAGGGGAGGCAGGCCGCUGGGAGCCUUCCCUCAGCCGCAAGACGGCCACGUUCAAGUCCAGAGCACCCAAGAAGAAGUACGUGGAAGAGCACGGGGCAGGUGGCAGCGGGGCAGCCGGGGCGCCCGAAGAGCUGGCACGGACCCCCGAGGAGGCCAGCGCCCUGGGUCUGCCUCCCCGGCCGCCUGCCUCCACCCGCUCCUCCUCCACGGACACGGCCAGCGAGCACUCGGCCGACCUGGAGGAUGAGCCAGCCGAGGGCUGCGGGCCGGGCCCAUGGCCCCCCGUUGGCACCAGUGGCGGCUACGACCUGCGGCAGCUGCGGUCCCAGCGGGUGCUGGCUCGGCGAGGUGAUGGCCUCUUUCUGCCAGCCGUGGUCCGCCAAGUGCGCAGAAGCCAGGACCUGGGCGUGCAGUUCCCAGGAGACCGGGCCUUGACUUUCUUCGAUGGCGGGCCGGGCGGCGGCGUGGACGUGGUGUUGGAUGCCACGCCGCCACCAGGUGCACUGACGGUGGGCACGGCCGUCUGUACCUGCGUGGAGCCCAGCGUGGCGGCCUACCGGGAGGGGGUGGUGGUGGAAGUGGCUGCCAAGCCGGCUGCCUACAAGGUCCGCCUCAGGCCUGGCCCGCUCUCCCAGCCGGGCCUGCCCCCUCCCCUCCCACAGCCCCCGCAGCCCCCACACCGGGAGCCCGAGGAGGCCGUGUGGGUGGCCCGCUCCAGCCUGCGCCUGCUGCGGCCUCUCUGGGAGCCCGAGGCCCUGCCACGGAAGCCCCCCGUGGGCCUCGAGGUGGAGCAGGUGGAGGCAGGGGCCACUCUGCCCCCCUGCCCCACUGCUCUGGACCUCAAGCAGCCCGAGGAUGUGGAGGUAUCCAAGAUCAGCUUUGGCAGCAACCUGGGGGCUUGCGAGGAAGGCGAGGGGAAGCACCUGCCCACCCUGGGCACCCCAGCCCUGCUCCCACUGCCCCCACCCCAGCUCCUGUCGCCACCACCCAAGUCCCCGGCUUUUGCAGGACCCGGCCGCCCUGGCGAGCAGCCCUCGCCCUGCCAGGAGGGCAGCCAGGGUGGCAGCCGCAGCAGCAGCGUGGCCUCUCUGGAGAAGGGCGUGGUGCCGGCGGCUCGGGCUCGCACCCCACUGACAGCCGCCCAGCAGAAGUACAAGAAGGGUGACGUGGUCUGCACGCCCAACGGGAUCCGCAAGAAGUUCAACGGCAAGCAGUGGCGCCGGCUGUGCUCGCGGGACGGCUGCAUGAAGGAGUCGCAGCGGCGGGGCUACUGCUCGCGCCACCUGUCCAUGCGGACCAAGGAGAUGGAGGGCCUGGCGGACAGCGGGCCAGGCGGGGCCGGGCGGCCAGCUGGCGUGGCAGCCCGCGAGGGCAGUGCCGAGUUCGACUGGGGUGACGAGACGUCGCGGGACAGUGAGGCCAGCAGCGUGGCAGCCCGGGGAGACUCUCGCCCACGCCUGGUGGCCCCGGCCGACCUGUCCCGCUUUGAGUUCGACGAGUGCGAGGCGGCCGUGAUGCUGGUGUCGCUGGGCAGCUCGCGGUCGGGCACACCCUCCUUCUCGCCCGUCUCCACGCAGUCGCCCUUCUCACCAGCUCCAUCACCCUCACCCUCGCCACUCUUUGGCUUCCGCCCCGCCAACUUCAGCCCCAUCAAUGCCUCCCCGGUCAUCCAGCGCACCGCUGUCCGCAGCCGCCACCUGAGCGCCAGCACUCCCAAGGCAGGUGUGCUGACACCGCCGGACCUGGGCCCCCAUCCGCCGCCGCCGGCCCCCCGAGAGCGCCACUCCUCCGGCAUCCUCCCCACCUUCCAGACCAACCUGACCUUCACCGUGCCCAUCAGCCCUGGGCGGCGGAAGACAGAGCUGCUGCCCCACCCAGGGGUGUUGGGGGCUCCCGGCACAGGGGCUGGAGGAGCCCCCCCAGACUUCCCCAAGAGUGACAGCCUGGACUCCGGGGUGGACGCAGUGUCUCACACACCUAACCCCUCCACGCCAGCUGGCUUCCGGGCUGUGUCACCCGCCGUGCCCUUCUCCCGUUCCCGCCAGCCCUCGCCACUGCUGCUGUUGCCCCCACCAGCUGGCCUAACCUCAGAUCCAGGGCCCUCUGUGCGCAGAGUGCCUGCCGUGCAGCGGGACUCCCCUGUCAUUGUCCGCAAUCCGGAUGUGCCGCUGCCCUCCAAGUUCCCUGGCGAGGUGGGCACUGCCAGUGAGACCCGGGCUGGGGGACCUGGGCGGGGCUGCCGCGAGACCCCGAUGCCCCCUGGGGGGUCCAGUGGGAAGCCUGGCCUGCCCCCGCCUCUGCCGGCCCCCGUGCCCAUCACCGUGCCUCCAGCCGCGCCGACUGCCGUGGCCCAGCCGAUGCCCACCUUUGGCCUGGCUUCUUCGCCCUUCCAGCCUGUGGCCUUCCACCCCUCACCUGCCGCCCUGCUGCCUGUCCUGGUGCCCAGCAGCUACACCAGCCAUCCCGCCCCCAAGAAGGAAGUCAUCAUGGGCCGUCCCGGGACAGUGUGGACGAAUGUGGAACCUCGUUCUGUGGCCGUGUUUCCCUGGCACUCCUUAGUCCCCUUCCUGGCCCCCAGCCAGCCUGACCCCUCCGUGCAGCCAAGUGAGGCCCAGCAACCUGCCAGCCACCCUGUGGCCUCCAACCAGAGCAAAGAACCUGCUGAAUCAGCAGCUGUUGCUCAUGAGCAGCCACUGGGCGGGACAGGGAAUGCUGAUCCUGGGCGGCCCCCUGGAGCCACAUGCCCUGAGAGUCCGGGACCUGGACCCCCUCACACUUUGGGGGUGGUGGAAACUGGCAAGGGUCCCACACCCACUACUGAGGAGGAUAUCCCCGGACCCCCAGGAGAGCCCCGGCUGGACAGUGAGACAGAGAGUGAUCAUGAUGAUGCCUUUCUCUCCGUCCUGUCUCCUGAGAUCCAGUUGCCUCUGCCACCUGGAAAACGCCGGACCCAGUCCCUCAGUGCCCUGCCCAAGGAACGGGACUCAUCUUCUGAGAAGGAUGGACGCAGCCCCAACAAGCGGGAGAAAGACCAUAUCCGGCGACCCAUGAACGCCUUCAUGAUCUUCAGUAAGCGGCACCGUGCCCUGGUCCACCAGCGUCACCCCAACCAGGACAACCGGACCGUCAGCAAGAUCCUGGGCGAGUGGUGGUAUGCCCUCGGGCCCAAGGAGAAGCAGAAGUACCAUGAUCUGGCCUUCCAGGUGAAGGAGGCCCACUUCAAGGCCCACCCAGACUGGAAGUGGUGCAACAAGGACCGGAAGAAGUCCAGCUCAGAAGCCAAGCCUCCGAGCCUGGGGCUGGCAGGAGGGCACAAGGAGACGCGGGAGCGGAGCAUGUCAGAGACAGGCACGGCUGCCGCCCCUGGAGUGUCCUCAGAGCUCCUGUCCAUGGCAGCCCAGACACUCUUGAGCUCGGAACCCAAGGCUCCAGGGAGUGGCUCCUGUGGGGCAGAACGGCUGCACACAGUCGGGGGACCCAGCUCAGCCCGGCCCCGAGCCUUCUCCCACAGUGGGGUGCACAGCUUGGACAGCGGGGAAGCAGACAGCCAAGCACUGCAGGAACUGACUCAGAUGGUGUCCGGCCCUGCAUCCUACUCUGGCCCAAAGCCUUCCACCCAGUAUGGGGCUCCAGGCCCCUUUGCAGCCCCCGGCGAGGGGGGUUCCCUGGCGGCCAGUGGGCGGCCCCCACUGCUGCCCACCCGAGCUUCUCGUUCCCAACGCACAGCCAGUGAGGACAUGACCAGUGAUGAGGAACGCAUGGUCAUCUGUGAGGAGGAAGGGGACGACGAUGUCAUUGCUGACGAUGGCUUCAGCACCACUGACAUUGAUCUCAAGUGCAAGGAGAGGGUGACCGACAGCGAGAGUGGCGACAGCUCCGGGGAGGACCCAGAGGGCAGUAAGGGCUUUGGCUGGAAGGUGUUCUCGCCUGUGAUCCGUUCCUCUUUUGCCCACUGUCGUCCGUCACUGGACCCCGAGCCCCCGGGGCCCGCAGAUCCACCUGCUGCCUUUGGCAAAGGCUACGGCCCCACUCCACCCCCUUUGUCCUCGUCCUCACCUGCCACUGCCUCACCCUCUGUGGCCACCUCCUUCUCACUGGGCCCAGGAAGCUUCAAGGCCCAGGAGUCAGGUCAGCCCAGCCCAGUGGGCCCAUUGCGUCCACCACCCCCUGCAGCUGGAGGCCCAGCGACACCUUCCAAGACCACCCGGUUCCUCCCAGCGGAUCCUGCCACCUUCCGGCGCAAGAGACCUGAGAGCAUGGGGAGUCUGGAGCCACCAGGCCCCUCAGUCAUUGCAGCACCUCCCAGCGGGGGAGGGAGCAUCCUGCAGACCCUGGUCCUGCCCUCAAACAAGGAGGAGCGGGAGGGCAGUGGGGCCCGCAUGCCCUCGGCCCCAUCGCUGGCUUUCGGGGCCCCAGCAGGCCCCCUGUCUCGUCCAGCUGCCACCAUGGUCACCAAUGUGGUGCGGCCUGUCAGCAGCACUCCUGUGCCCAUUGCCUCAAAGCCCUUUCCCACCUCUGGCCGGGCUGAGGCCUCCCCAAAUGAUGCAGCAGGGGCAAGGACUGAGACGGGCCCAGGGGCCCGGGGAGCUGGGGGCUCUCCGCUGGGCGUCAGCUUAGUGUACUCGGACAAGAAGUCAGCAGCGUCUGCCUCACCAGCCCCACACCUGGUGGCUGGGCCCUUACUGGGCACUGUAGGGAAGGCACCUGCCACCGUCACCAACUUGCUGGUGGGCACCCCAGGCUAUGGGCCCUCUGCACCCCCUGCCGUCCAGUUCAUUGCCCAGGGAACUCCUGGCAGUGGAGCCACUGCGGGCUCAGGAGCAGGUGCUGGGAGUGGCCCAAAUGGGCCAGUGCCUUUGGGCAUCCUGCAGCCAGGUGCCCUGGGCAAGGCUGGUGGCAUCACCCAGGUGCAGUACAUCCUGCCCACGCUGCCCCAGCAGCUUCAGGUGGCACCUGCACCUGCCCCUGGGACCAAGGCAGCGGUUUCCAGCGGCCCUGCACCCACCGCCGGCAUCCGUUUCACCCUCCCACCGGGCGCCUCCACCAACGGCAAGGUCCUGGCUGCCACUGCACCCACUCCUGGCAUCCCCAUCCUGCAGUCUGUGCCCUCCGCCCCACCCUCCAAAGCCCAGUCGGUUUCUCCCGUGCAGGCCCCGCCCCCGGGUGGCUCCGCCCAGCUGCUGCCAGGGAAGGUACUAGUGCCUCUGGCGGCCCCUGGCAUGUCGGUGCGGGGUGGAGGGGCCGGCCAGCCACUGCCCCUGGUGAGCCCACCCUUCUCAGUACCAGUGCAGAAUGGUGCCCAGCCACCCAGCAAGAUCAUCCAGCUGACCCCUGUGCCUGUGAGCACACCCAGCGGCCUGGUGCCGCCCCUCAGCCCAGCCACGCUGCCUGGACCCACCUCUCAGCCCCAGAAGGUCCUGCUGCCUUCCUCCACCAGAAUCACCUAUGUGCAGUCAGCAGGCGGGCAUGCACUGCCCCUGGGCACCAGCCCUACGUCCAGCCAGGCUGGAACGGUCUCCUCAUAUGGGCCCACAAGCUCGGUAGCCCUUGGCUUCACCUCACUGGGGCCCAGCGGCCCCGCCUUCGUGCAGCCCCUGCUGUCAGCAGGCCAAGCCCCACUGUUGGCUCCUGGCCAGGUGGGCGUGUCACCUGUGCCCAGUCCCCAGCUUCCUCCCACAUGUGCAGCCCCUGGAGGUCCCGUCAUCACAGCAUUUUACCCCGGCAGCCCUGCACCCACCUCCUCAGCACCCCUGGCCCAGCCAUCCCAGGCACCCCCAGGCCUGGUCUACACUGUGGCUGCCAGCACCACCUCACCUGCCACCAUCCUGCCCAAGGGCCCACCGGCCCCCGCCACUGCCACCGCAGCCCCCACCAGCCCCUUCCCUAGUGCCACAGCAGGCUCCAUGACCUACAGCUUAGUGGCUCCCAAGGUCCAGCGGCCACCCCCCAAGGCCCCCCAGAAAGUGAAGGCAGCCAUUGCCAGCAUUCCCGUGGGCUCCUUUGAGGCAGGUGCCCCUGGGCGGCCUGGCCCUGCACCCCGGCAGCCCCUGGAGCCUGGCCCAGCCUGCGAGCCAACAGCCCCAGAGUCUGAGCUGGAGGGGCAGCCUACAACACCAGCCCCCCCACCAGCCUCGGAAACCUGGACUCCUGCGGCCCAGAGCAGCCCACCACCCCCACCUGCGGAGGAGCGGACGGGCUCUAAGGGCCCUGAGACGGCGGCCAGCAAAUUCCCCAGCUCCUCUUCAGACUGGCGCGUCCCUGGGCUGGGCCUGGAGAGCCGGGGGGAGCCUCCCACCCCUCCCAGCCCAGCCCCAGCUGCAGCCCCAGCCCCUGGCAGCAGCAGCGAGGGCGGCAGCGGGAGGGCAGCUGGGGAGCCCCCUGAGCGCAAGGAGGCUGCUGGUACCGGCAAGAAGCUGAAGGUGCGGCCCCCGCCCCUGAAGAAGACCUUUGACUCUGUGGACAACAGGGUCCUGUCUGAGGUGGACUUCGAGGAGCGCUUUGCUGAGCUGCCUGAAUUUCGGCCUGAGGAGGUGCUGCCCUCGCCCACCCUGCAGUCUUUGGCCACCUCGCCCCGGGCCAUCCUGGGCUCCUAUCGCAAGAAGCGGAAGAACUCCACUGACCUAGACUCGGCCCCUGAGGACCCCACCUCGCCCAAGCGCAAGAUGAGGAGACGCUCCAGCUGCAGCUCGGAGCCCAACACCCCCAAGAGCGCCAAGUGUGAGGGGGACAUCUUCACCUUCGACCGGACAGGUACAGAAGCGGAGGAUGUGCUUGGGGAGCUGGAAUACGAGAAGGUGCCAUACUCCUCGCUGCGGCGCACCCUGGACCAGCGCCGGGCCCUAGUCAUGCAGCUCUUCCAGGACCACGGCUUCUUCCCUUCAGCCCAGGCCACGGCAGCCUUCCAGGCCCGCUACGCAGACAUCUUCCCCUCCAAGGUUUGUCUGCAGCUGAAGAUCCGCGAGGUGCGCCAAAAGAUCAUGCAGGCGGCCACUCCCACGGAGCAGCCACCCGGAGCUGAGGCCCCCCUCCCCGGACCGCCCCCUACUGGCACCGCUGCUGCCCCUGUCCCGACUCCCAGCCCUGCUGGGGGCCCUGACCCCACUUCACCUGGCUCGGACUCUGGCACGGCCCCAGUCGCCCCGUCACUGCCUCCCCCCCCAGAGCUGGGGUCUGGACAGCCUGGCUGGGAGGGGGCCCCCCAGCCCUCCCCACCACCCGCUGGCCCCUCCACAGCUGCCACAGGCAGGUGAAGGGCCUCUGAGAAGAUCCUAGGACCCACAGUGCCCCCCUCAGGACGCGGACAGUAUGUAGGUGGCAGGAACUGGGGGGCAGGAUGGUUAACUCUCCCCCCCCCAAUAAAGCCAUUUCGUCCUUCCAGUUUGGGGCGGAAUGAGGCCUGCUCCUCUUGUAUAUACCCCUGCCCUGCACAGCUCCCUCCCUGUGAUGGGGGGCAGCUGAGGGGAGGCAGGGGCACCGUCUCCCCCACCGAGCCCCUGUACAUAACCUGGAGUGUGUUACCUUCAGACCUUUUCACUUGUACUUUAUGCAAAAUGGCUCGUGUGAGGGCUGCAGGCUGGAGGGCAGGAGGGCCUCGGGCCACAGGGAGGCGCCGGUGGGGUAGGGGGAGUUCAGGUCCCUGUGUUCCCCAGAGGGGCUGGACUCAGGUUAGUUUGGGGGUGGGGGCUCCCGCACUUUGCCACUGGCAUGGGGAGGGCUCUCUCCCACUCCCUCCGCCCUCCCAGCUCGGGUUGUACUUUCUAAGAAGGUGAUUCCCUUCCCUUGCCCCCUCUCCCAGAACAAAACAUGUUGAUCAUGUGCAAUAUUUCUUACUGAGCUGAGAAGCCACGAUGACUGAGAUUAAAGCUGUUUAACACACC